UCAUCAUGUUCACUAAGACCGCCGUCGUUCUUGCCCUUGUGGCCGUCGCUUUGGCUGCUCCUUCACAGCCUUCUUACGACUACUCUCCUCCGGCAUCCUAUGACUCUCCUGCUAAGUACGAUUUCAACUAUGCUGUUAAGGACGACUACUCUGGAAACGACUUCGGCCACCAAGAAGCCCGUGACGGAUAUAACACACAGGGUGCCUAUUUCGUUCUCCUUCCCGACGGUCGUCUGCAGAAGGUCACUUACACUGUCAACAGCGACUCUGGAUACGUGGCUGAGGUCAGCUACGAAGGCGAGGCCCAGUACCCCGAGUACCAUCCCACUCCUGCCUACAAGCCUGCUCCUGCUUACAAGCCUGCUCCUGCCUACAAGCCUGCCCCUUCCUAUAAACCUGCUCCCACUUACACGCCUACCCCUGCUUACGCCUAAGAGUGUAUAAUCUAAUAUAUGCA